CUGUUGCAACCCAACGCGACUUGAGUCCGAUGCGUACAGUCCUUCUCACGCCGCCCCCACACUAACCACAACCCCAAAUCCAGUAAAAUCAAUGCAGAAACGAUUGAAACUAGGCUCUUCCUAGCGAUAAUUCUGAUUCCAAAGCAACUGACAUGUGCAUUAGCGGGUCGAAUCCGCCCUAAUUGUGCCCACCACCGCUGCGCGGAGUUCAAGCAAUCUAUGUGAUGUCCGGGCUCAAAGCUUAAAUCCUUUCCCCUCUGGAUAUUCUAUGGUUCGAAUCGAAAAUCGUUACGCGGUAGAAUCGUAUCAUUGGCGCGUUCGUACAGGUUUUAGAUUGACAGGGGGGCGCAUAGUGACAUCGAUAGAGAUCGCAAGUUAUUGACAUUUCCAGAUAUGCCAGUACAGGUAUAAGUAUGAUAGAUCCAUGACCCACCACUCGCAUCUCUCAUCUGCAUCGCAAGCAGCAGCAUUUUCAAAAUGCGUCCAUUCGUUUUAACAAUCCGAACGCUCUUUUUCGCUGUUCUUUUUAUCACAGCCUCCUUAGCUGUUCCUGCACAGCCCAAAGACCAGCCCGAAGACCAGUCCAUAGACCAGUCCAUAGACCAAUCCAAAGACCAACCCGAAGACCAGUCCAAAGACCAGCCCAAAGACCAGCCCAAAGGCAAACUCGUAUGCUACAGUCCUAGUUCAGAGCCAAAAGCCCCUCCAGGCUGCUACAUUGCUCAAAGCGCCAUGGCCUCUCAUGUGGCCGACUUCUGCGACCAAGUCGGGGGCUUGGACAUAGCAAAUCUGGAGAAAGGAUACGCCACUGAUACCUACAAUGGAGCGCAGCUGCGCAUAUCAUCUACCAAAAAAGUUUCCAAGGAAGAUUGCGCAUCGCGUAUGGGCGAAAUCGUCAAUGGAUGCACGCCCGCUGCCAACAACCCCAUGAACUGGAAGUAUGGUGGCGAAAAUAGCCAAGACGAAACCUUGUUCAAGAUCAGUAUCGACAGUGGAAGAUCUUGUCAACGUAAAGCCAAUCAAGAUGGGUCGCCUUUGCAAGCUGUGACUGCAAAGUGUGAUUCCUUCUACCAAGCUAUCAGAGACGAAUUCUGGAUUUACGGUGCAGGGUUCCUGGGAGACGAUUUCGGGAAAGAGCUUCGCGAUCAAAUGAGCCACUGCACUGGUAGAGUGGUAGAUUGGACGUUUGAGUACUACGAGAAGCCUGAUGCGGACGGCUACGAGUGGAAGGCUUUCGGCCAUACGACUAUAUGGCAGAAAAACUGUUUUUCGCCGGUCAUCAAGGGCUCUGGAGGACCUGAUAUACCUUGCAAUGGCAGCGGUUAA